ACAUGCAUUGUGGGUAACAUAUCUAAGCGCUAUUUUGGGAAGAAGAAUGUAAUCAAAAUUGGAAGAAUUUUUUGACGUUCCAUAACAAAAUGAGUGGUUGCCUUGAUAAUAUAACUUGUCCUGGAUGGACUGAUGCGGUAGCUGAACGUAGGAACCUUAUUGCUUCCAUAAUUGCCGGUUCGUUGUUCCAUAUAGGAUGGUGGUUUUUAAUUGAUGCUGCAGCAACAUCAACAUUUGACCCAGCAUACCACUCUCCAGGUGUAUUUUCCACUGUAGCAGUGUUCAUGAUAAAUGCUGUUUCAAAUGCUCAAGUGAGAGGAGAAUCCUACACUACAGGAUGCUUAGGACAAACAGGUGCUAGAGUGUGGCUCAUCAUUGGUUUUCUAAUGGCAUUUGGUAGCUUGAUUGCAGCAUGCUGGAUCCUUUUUGGUGCCUAUGUUGUGACAGAAGCUGAAAAUCCAUGGCCUGGUGUUGCUAUAUUUCUACAAAAUGCACUCAUUUUUUUCAGUGCAUUCGUCUUCAAGUUUGGUCGCUCGGAAGAUGCUGGUUGGUAGAUCAGAUUCUCUUCCUAAUAAUAUUAAAAGGACAAAUAAUUUGUGUAAAUAUGCAUUAUUAGUACAACAAUCACACAUCAAGUAAUGUGCUAGAAAUAUUUAUUAUAAUAACUACAGUAGAGUGAACUCCAUAUAUCUGUUAGGUAAAGAAAAUUGUUAUGUUUUUUUCCCUCAGUGCAAAUAACAAUUGCAUUGUACUUAGAUGACUUUGUGUUAUUUUAUGUUAUAUUCCUGUGUGAAAAAGCGAACAUUAGUUAGUAAGUAUUACAAUAAUGUCCUAGAAAGCACAUGUUUCACAGAUAUUCAGCAUAAACUAACUUAGUUUGAAUUUUAUGAUAAAACUAAAUAAAUAUUAGUCUUUUGAGUUUUUCUUGAAGUGACUUUUUUCUCACACUAGAAUCUGGAAAAAGGCAAGCAAAAUAUAAAUUAGUGCUAAAAAAGUUAUUUCUCUUACUUAGUGUAAAACUAGCUGUUACUGAAAGAGCUUAAAAUCCUUCUAACAGUUGCAACAUCUAAUCCACUAAUUAUAAUGAUUAAUAACUUUUCCUAAACUCAUUUGGGAUAACUGUGUGUGUGUACUUUAACAAUAAUUAUCACUAAAGCUCCCAAAAAACAUUUCUUUGAAAUGGGUUUUCCCCACAAGACACUUGGUUGUACAUGUAUUUUUUAUGGAAGAUAGUGGAAUAUAGUUCAAUUGAAUUGAGUUAAACACAUCAAGAAGGACCAAGAAGUACAAUGUUAUACUAAGAACAUGUUAUCAAUUUUGCAUGUAAUACCAGAGUAUCUUCCCUCAGAUUCCACAAUAUAUCCAAAAGCAUAUAGUUAGUAAAAUAUGAAAUCAGGAAAUACUGUGUAUGGCAAUUUUAUAUUAAGCAUAAACUUUUGAAAACGAUACCUCCAGGUAACAAAGAAAGAGUAUGAUAUAAAUUUAAUGAUCAUUUCAAACGCAUUUUGUCCUCGCUGUAUUUAAGAAGCUAUCGUCAUGUUAGCAGUAUCUAACGCCUAGGUUAACCGCCGAACUUCACAUGCGGCGAAUUUAGUCGCCUAAAGUCAUCAAAAACGGCAUUUAAUUUGGACAUUAAAUCAACUCUCGGUCAGUGUGCUUUGCAAUAUGGCGGAUAACACAGACGACUUUACGAAGUAUUAUUAGAAGUAUGCAUUAAAUAUGACACAUGUGAGAUGCGACGUAUGAAUUAAUUGGCGCACCAUUGCCGUGUUUUCAAACGUUUCAGUUGCAGAUUCGACUGAAUUCGUCAUUGAAUUUAAUUGAUUUAUACGCAUAAUUCCAUUCGUGAAUUGUAGUUCGGCUCGUGUGAAGUUUGUCGUAUAACCUCUCAGGCUCAAGCUAGCACAGCACUCAAUUUGUAUUGAAUAAUAACAAUAAAAUAUGCUAACUUCUUUGUUCCAUGAUAAAAAAGA